AGCAACACAAGUUCGCUCACUUUUUCUUCUAUGAUGAUUACAAGGGCUAAAUUACCUAUAACAGUAAACACCAAUUCUUGGCUAUUUCUACAUAUAAAUGUAGAAAUGUAGAGUAGAUUGGAUUCACAGCACCAAGAUGUCUCGGCUUGUCCAUGCUCUAGUCAUUCCAUAUCCCUUAGAGUCCCAUUGUUCCGCCAUGGCUGAUCUCUGCAUCAAGCUGGCUUCUAGGGGAAUCACCAUCACCUUUGUCUACACAGAGGGCUUAUGUCGCUGUAAAGCAUAUAUUACAGAUAUUGCUCAAAAGACUGGCCUUGACAUUCGUUCACAGGAGGUCUCAGAUGGGUUGCCAUCUGAUUUUGAUAGAUCUUUGUAUAAUGAGAGUUUUUUACAGUGUGUGCUCAACUCUAUGAUUGAACCAGUAGAGGAAGUAAUCCUUAGUGUGAAUAGAGAGGAUCAUCCAAUCUCUUGCAUUGUAGCUGAUUCUUUUCUUCCUUGGGCUCUUCUUAUUGCAAAGAAGCUCAGCGUUCCUCUUGUUACUUUGUGGACACAGUCUACUGUUCUAUAUUCCAUUUAUUAUCAUUCUGAUAUGCUCAUCAACAAUGGCCAUUUUCCUUCUAAAGGACGAGGAACAAAUGACUGCAUAGAUUACAUUCCAGGAGUCCCUACAAUGAAGCAGAGGGACCUUCCAUCCUUUCUCCAGGCAACACAGAUGUCAGACUUUAUGCUGCACGCAAUAUUUCUGUCAUUGCAGAGUGUCCGUGAAGCAGAUUGGGUUCUUGCAAAUUCUGUCUAUGAACUUGAAACAGAACCCAUACAGUAUUCAUUGCAUUCUGCUACACCACUUUGUUCAGUAGGUCCCCUCUUACCGUCUGGCUAUUUUAACAACCACCCACCAUUAGAAUUUGAUUUUUCAAUGUGGUUGGAUUCAAAGCCAGCAAACUCAGUUAUCUACAUUUCAUUUGGUGCUUCUGCUCGAGUUUCAAAAGCCCAAAUUGAAGAAAUCGCCAUUGGUUUACUGCAAAGCAAAAUCAGUUUCAUUUGGAUGCUUCCUCCACAAACAAUGUGCAGUAAUGGCAGCUUGAUAGAGAUUCUACCUCAUGGGUAUCUAGAAAAGAUUGAAGAUAAUGGCAUUGGUCUUGUUAUUCCUAAAUGGUCUGAUCAUCUGCAUUACACUGUGUUAUCACAUCAUUCCAUUGGAGGAUUUGUUAGUCACUGUGAUUGGAAUUCAGUUUUACAGAGCCUGUGCAUGGGUGUUCCAUUGUUGGGAUUUCCUCUUUAUGCAGAUCAGUACACAAACUGUAAACUUGUAUCAGAUGAGAUGGAUAUAGCUUUGAAGGUAGAACAUGGAGGGGUUAAUGGAGCAUUAGUUGAGAGAAUGGAGAUAGCCAAAAAGGUGAAAGCAUUGAUACGUGGUAAAGAAGGGAGAAAAGCUAGGAAGAAGAUAAAGAGACUCAAACGUGUUGCUAGAAAGGCAGCUAUUCAAGGAGGCUCCUCUGAUAAAAAUUUUGACAAUUUUGUGGAGGAAUUGAUUUGUAAGGUAAUGCAUGGUUAACGUCAUUCUAAGCAUUUGUCCUAGACUGCAAAAAGUGAUAGGUUAAUUAUUGUGUAGAACAUUAUUACCUGUUUGUAAUAUGUUAUAUGCGGAUCGAGAAAUAGUGAAUAAGCUGGUAAAAUGCAUUAAUUAACUUUCAGAAGGAUUUUUUUUCAUAACCGUCAUAU